AUGAAUAAUACGACAGCUUCCUCGGAGGAUAUUUAUCCACUAAAAUGUGGAUAUGACUUACCAGUGUUUGGCUUGAAGGACGGUUCUUUUAACAUCAUCCAUAUUUCAGCAUUAGCCAGUAUCGCGAUCAGCCUGUGUUCGGUGGUCAUUGUCAUGGUCUUGUCAUUUUCUGACAAAAACCGUAAAUUGUUCUUCUCGCGUGCUAAGAAGGAACGUUUCAUUGUAUACCUUGCAAUAUGUGACGGUUUCUUCAACUUAUUUCACGGAAUAGACCAUUUACACUACUUUAUUGGAAAGGAUCAUCCCCGACCAAAAGAAUUAUGCGAGUUGUACAGUUUUGGUCAGAUGAUAUUUGUCAAUGCCCAGCACUUGUUAGUAAACAUUGUUGCUAUCAAUGUAUAUAUGAUGAUGUACUUCAACAAGAACUUAAACUUUGGACGUCUGGAUUGGAAGUUGUUGGUUUGGGCAUUCGGAGUACCUUUGUUGGCCCAAAUAGGAGCUGUGCUCGGAGGCCAACUUGGACCAAAUGGGACAUAG